UUUCCAGAAUCUACAGACUUUGUCGUGUUUGUGAUUUACCUCUCCGUUGUCCUUCCGGCCCCCGACCACGGGUGGCGCUGUAUAGAUCUCCAGCCACUGGUGGCGCUGUGCAGAUCUCCGGCCUUCGGAGACGAUGUGCAGACCUCCGGCCAUCGGUGGCGCUGCGGAGAAACGCCUGCUGAACGCAUGCGCGGUGCCGAGUGCCGCUGUUGUUGGCGGUUCUCCGAUUCGAGCAGGGUUCGACCAGUGGUGAGAGAUUUAUUUGAAGAAAAACCCCAACUGGAGGCAAACUACGACUGAAGUCGAGGGAACAGCAGCAAGUGAACCAGCCCGAGGAUUGAGAGCACCGACUGGAGAGAACCCAUCUGACUCGGAGAUUCCAGUGAUUCAGUCAGGAGAAAGUUUGGUUAAAAAUGAGAAGGAAUUUGUCUCCAGGAAUCUCAAACUUGGCACGCCAGUUUUGCUGUCUCUGUCUAGAUAUUUAAGAAGUGGAGCAAGAGAUUCAAUCAACCAUCCUUCCAGCUCAGAAUGUGGGGAGGGAUUCACUCGUGCAUUUGACGAACUUGCAUGCCCGUCAUUUUACACAGGAGAAAGGCCGUUCACCCGCUCAGACAGUGGGAAUGGAUUCACUUGCUUAUCACAAUUGAAUGUACAUCAGCAAGCUCACACAGGGCAAGGCCAAUCACCUGUUCUGUGUGUGAGAAGGGAUUCAGUCGGUCUUCCCACCUGUGGUCAUACCAAUCAGUUCACACCACACUGGGCAGAGGCUGGUCAUCUGCUGAAUUUCUGGGAAAGGAUUCACUCGGUCAUCUGAUCUAAUGGCUCACCAGCGAGUUCACACGAGGGAGCAGCCGUUCACCUGCUCAGACUGUGGGAAGAGAUUCACUCACUCUUCCACCUUGUGGAAACACCAGCGAGUUCACACUGGGGAGAAGCCGUACAUCUGCUCAAUCUGUGGGAAGAGAUUCACUGAGUCAUCCACCCUACUGGUACAUCAGCGAGUUCACACUGGGGAGAAGCCAUUCACCUGCUCAGUCUGUGGGAAGAGAUUCACUCAGUUAACCCACCUACAGAGUCAUCAGCGAGUUCACACUGGGGAGAGGCCAUUCACCUGCUCAGAAUGUGGAAAAGGAUUCACUGAGUUAUCCAGCCUACAGAGACAUCAGCGAGUUCACACUGGGGAGAAGCCGUUCACCUGCUCAGAAUGUGGGAAGAGAUUCACUCAGUCAUCCACCCUACAGAGUCACCAGCGAGUUCACACUGGGGAGUGGCCGUUCAACUGCUCAGAAUGUGGGAAGAGAUUCACUCGCUCUUCCAGCCUACAGAGACAUCGGCAAGUUCACACCGGGGAGAAGCCGUUCAUCUGCUGAGAAUGUGGGACAGGAUUCACUUAGUCAUCCCAACUGCUGAUACACCAGUCGGAUCACAAUGAGGAGUGGCCAUUGUUAUGAAUCUCUAGGUUUCGUUUGCUGUGGACUAUCAUUUUAAGAGAGAGAAAUGAAGAAGAUGAAUCAGUCUGACUUGCAGCUAUUUUACAUUGCUCGCAGCUUGUUUAGUUUAACCGAGGACAUAGACACUCAGAGUCAGAUGGGGAUGAAGGAGGAAAAAUGGAAGGAUCGAACCCAGGGAACUAGUGGACAAGGGUAACUGUUUGGAAUUUUUCUAUGCCCACAAUGGUGGGUUAAUUAUCAAUUCAGCAUACAUCGAAUGUGUGGUUGUUACCUUGUUUGAUCCAUAGGAGUGGAUCUGUUUUGGGGUAUCCUGUGAAGACCACUGAUGUGUUAACCCUUGCCUAGAUGUGGUGUGGUAAUUCACUUGACGAUACCUCUUGUGACAAGUCACUUUCUGUGAUAAUUCAUAUGUGGAUUUGGAAUGAUGACAGAUAAAAUCUACAGCAACUAUUCUCUCAUUUUACAACCAUGGAACCUGUGGAAUUCAACAUAAUUGCCUUCUCUCGACAUUUACCCUAGAUUACAAAUAUCUCUCUCUCAUCACCUAUUCUGUGGAUGAAUUGAACAUUCAUACUUUACCAUCUCAAGACUCCAAGCCUUGUUUCCCCCGAGAAUAGUUUGGGAGCUAUAUUUACACACAUGCCACUUAAC